GAGAAAGCCGGUGGGCGAAGGAUGUUGCCCUGCAUGCCCAGCCACGGAAGGCGCGAGCUUGACGCGUUGGAGGGGACCCUGCGCCUCGACACGAGGCCCCACCACUGCUGGCCGCUCUUCUCCUCUACCCACACACACGACGCUGCUUGCCCUCACGCGCUUGGAUGGAGCUAGUCUUAGCAUUCGCAUAUUCUGGCUACCAUCUCUGGAAGCACCGCCGGAAAUCUCGCAUCGACGUCGCCGAGCCGUAUCUACUCAACAUACCCGCCGAGAUCAGGCUUCUCGUGUACGACUUUCUGUUCGAUGAGCAGGACGAGACGCAAUCGGCCUCUACAUUCCUCCUGCCGCUGCUCGCCUGUCGACUGAUCCAUCAUGAAGCCUGUCAACGAGCCUUCACACGCGCCAAUUUCUCCCUGAAGAUUCGCAACGCCAGCUCUCCCUACUGGAGCCCAGCUAUCUUGAAAGUUCCCUAUCGCAAGCUCAGCUGUGUGCGGAACAUCACUAUACUCUGGGACAGCAAUAUGCUCGAAACCAAGGAUCUCCGGCGCUUCUUCUACGAGCUCGAAUGCGGACCGCUCAACCUCGACCGGCUAACUUUCAAGAUCACCAGCCCGUUCUCCCGCGCACCGUUCCGCGCCAAAUACGCGCCGCUGUUCCCCGCCGCACAAAACUUCUCCAAAUACGUUAUGGAAGAGCUGCGCCUCCUUCCCAACGUCGACAAGGUCGUGGUUCCGAAUCCUUCGAUCGAGAUCAAGCGGAAUUUCCAAUACCUCUUCGACCCUGAGAAACCGAACUUGAGAUUUGGCGGGACGCCGGGCAAUCCCACCAUUGAGGCUGUCGAAAAGACUCUCGGUGUCUGGAAAUACACUGUUGUGAGGGAGGGGAAGGAUGUCAGAUAUUGGAGGCUGGAAUUGACGCAUCCCAAAGCCGACGCUUCGGGCUCAGAAGAUGAGGCUGCAGAUACCACCUCUGGAUAGGAGUGUGAAUUUGGAAAGGGCUACAAUCUGCGCCAUACUACCGAUCCGCUGCCUUGCCGGAAGCGUGAGUAGGCGACCUAUUGAAAGGGCGCUGAAGGCACGUUCCCUCGAAGGUAAUUGUUUUAGGUGAGGAACAUCAAGUUCUAUCCUCGUCGUCUCUCUCAAGAAGCAC